CCAUCUCUCUUCCUCUCUUCACAAAAACAGAAAACGGAAAACCUCAACUUUCAAUGGAAACACGAUCUGCUAAGCGGAAGAAGCUUUGGUUUGCAGACCAUGAUGCCGACUCUGGCACCGACCGAAUCAGCGAUCUCCCCGACGCCGUCCUUUACCACAUUCUCCUCCUCCUUGACAUCAAAACCAUUGCUCAAACAUGCAUUCUGUCGAAAAGAUGGCGAUCUCUCUGGUCCUCUUUCCCGGACCUCGAUUUCACCACCAUUGACCCAACUGGGAUUUCACCGCGGACCCUCAAUCCCAACGGCGCCAAGAGACUCCACUGGCUUAACAGGGGAACGGAUUUUAUCACCCAGGUGUUGUCUCUCCGAAGUAAGAACUCCGAUUUAAGGGUCCUUCGCUUUCGAGCUGCCUUGAGUUUUUCGGGUCUCAAUGGAUUGAUUCGAUGUGCGAUAAGGCAGAAUGUGCAAGAACUCGAUGUCGAGGUUGCUACCCACGAUUACUUCAAUUUCCCACGAAGCGUUAUAUCUAGCGAGUCUCUUCGGGUUUUCAAGUUGAAAUCUUGUGAUCCAGGGUUCAGGUUACCGCCGGUGACUGUCAUGAGAGGUGGUUUUCGAUCACUCCACACGUUAUCGCUCUCACUAGUCAAUUUAGACGACCAACCGUCCCUUUUGGAUUUGUUUAUAGAUUCAUCUUUCCCUCGCCUCGUGAUAUUGAAUCUCGAUGAGUGUUUUGGGUUGAAAAAUCUCAAGGUUAGUUGCAGGAUGCUGGAAAAUUUGACCCUGGAAAAUUGUUCUGAUUUGCAUGGAUUGGAUGUUUCAGGAGACAGAUUGGAGAGACUGCGAGUGGGGAGUUGUUUUGAUGCUUACUGUAAUAAGAGCUGGGUGAAGAUUGAUGCCCCAAGCCUCAGGUUUAUUUGCUGGGAGUACAAUGCCAUCACUGAAACUAGCUGUUUUCAGAAUCUGGGUUCCCUACAUGAGGCCUCCCUCGGUUUCCUAGUGCUCCAUGAAUCUCUAAGUGUAGCUAAGCUCCAGAGUGUCUCCAAUCUUUUGUCUGGACUCUCACAUGCGCAGUGCCUUACACUUGAAAGCCAAUGUGUUGAGAUUCUAUCAAACAAGAACUAUUUUAUGCAUGUUUUGCAUCCAUUUGACAAUCUCAAAUCUUUGGAGUUGCAUACCGCUUUCAACAAGCAUAAUGUUCUCGGAUUAGCAUGCCUAUUCAGGUGCUCUUCCAUGCUGCAGACUCUAAGUAUCAAGAUUAUUAAUGACUACAAGAUUCAAAGAAGAAAAUGGAAUAAGGACUUGUGGGACAUGCCUAUAUCCCCGGAGGAACAGUUUUGGGAAUCCCAAACCGAAAGUUUGAAGUCCUUCCUUAACCAUCUUAAUGUAGUAAAGAUCUACGGAUUCUUAGAAUGUGAGAAUGAAGUUAGUCUGGCAAAGUAUUUACUGAAGCAUGGAAAAGCCCUGCAAGAAAUGACACUUUGCACAGGACAAUGCAGCCACAGAGACUCUCUCCGACGUCAAAAGAUUAGGUCACAGAUGAUGGGAUUCUCUCGGGCCUCGUCUAAUGCUAAGAUUGCGUUCCUCUAAUAUUAUUUUACAUUUUCAGAGUCCUGACAGUUGUUCUGUUCUCUAAUUUGUCGAUAAAUUAAGCAGAUGUUUAUGUUCAUGGAGUUCUGGAUGCCUUUUUUGACUUCUGCAAAUUGAUCAAUUUUGUAGAGAGAUGGAUGUAUUCAGUGAUGUAGCAUAGGGCAUGUCAUGGGUAUGGGGUAAUGUUUCUUUUCUUUCGUUACUUGGAAUUCACAGGUAUGGCACAUGGGAUGGUUCCAAUAAUUGCAUUAAUUUAGG